CUCAUAGACAUCUGGGAGGGAGAGGGAGAGUCGGAAAAAACACUUACGAACAGGAGGAGGACUAAGGACUCGGAGAGGGAAGAGCGUAGAGACAGCCGGGUUUAGAGCUACCCUGUACCAGAGAGAUAGGGGGCACAUAUAUGUACAUACAUACUAAUAAAACGACUUUUGUUCUGCAAUAAUUUGAUCAUUUCAAACACAAGUAAAAUUAACGACCGGCGUAAUUUAUAAUCUCAGAAUAACGUGCAAAAGAGAAAAAUCCUUAAGGACUGAGAAUGGAAAUGCCUUGGUUCCUUAAGAGUUUGGUUCUUCUCGCUUUUGUUCUGACAUUUGGAUCUGCGAAUAAACUGAAUGUUCCGAGACUGCGACUUUCCUACAAAGACCUGGUGGCCACUAACCGUACCUCCAUCUUCAGUGGUCUGCGUGGUGGAGAGCUGCAGCUCAGUGCUGUCUUUCUGGAUGAAUAUCAUGACCGACUCUUCCUGGGAGGGAAGGAUGUGCUGUACUCCCUCAGACUGGACCACACACACUCCGACGCUAAAGAGAUCUACUGGCCUCCACUGCCUGGAAACAGAGAUGACUGUAUUCAGAAAGGGAAAGACCCCGAGACGGAGUGUGCUAACUUUGUGCGGUUACUGCAGCCGUUUAACAGAACGCACCUGUUGGCAUGUGGCACUGGGGCAUUUCAGCCUGUGUGUGCCUACGUCUAUGUUGGUCACCGCGGAGAGCACAUCUUCUCUCUGGACUCAGCCCAUGUGGAAAACGGCCGAGGAAAGUGUCCUCAUGACCCCAGCCUCCCGUUUGCCAGCACCUUCACUGGUGGAGAGUUGUAUACUGGGUUGACGGCUGAUUUCUUGGGACGGGACUCUGUCAUCCUCAGGAGUUUGGGAGUUCGUUCUCCCAUGAAGACAGAGACAGACCAGCGCAUUCUGCACGAGCCCAGGUUUGUUGCAGCUCACCUCAUUCCUGAUAAUGUGGACAGAGAUGAUGAUAAAGUCUAUUUCUUCUUCACUGAGAGAGCCAUGGAGGCUGGGGACAGGGAGGGGGCCAUUCACAGCCGCGUCGGGCGCGUGUGUGCGAAUGAUUCCGGGGGGCAGCGUGUGUUGGUGAAUAAGUGGAGCACGUUUAUCAAAGCCAGACUGGUCUGUUCUGUCCCCGGACCCCACGGCAUCCACACACACUUCGACCAGCUCGAGGACGUGUUUCUGCUGAGGACUAAAGAUGAGACAAACCCAGAAGUCUAUGCCAUCUUCAGCACUAUCAGUAACGUGUUCCAGGGAUAUGCUGUGUGUGUGUAUAGCAUGGCUGAUAUCCGUGAAGCCUUUAACGGGCCUUUUGCUCAUAAAGAGGGCCCAGACUACCAGUGGGGGCCAUAUGAAGGUCGUGUGCCCUACCCGCGACCUGGAGUGUGCCCCAGUAAGAUAACUGCCCAGCCAGGCAGGUUGUUUAGCAGUACUCUGGAGUAUCCAGAUGCGGUGUUGCAGUUUGCCCGUGGGCAUCCCCUGAUGUGGCGGCCCGUGUACCCCUCUCACCACCAGCCCCUGCUGCUCCGUGCCAACGCCCCUUACAGACUCACCCAAAUCACUGUGGACCGCACUCAGGCUGAGGACGGCUACUACGACGUCAUGUUCAUCGGCACUGAUAUUGGCACAGUGCUGAAGGUCAUUGCCCUCCGCAAUGGGAACUCUUUGACCACAGAGGAGCUCACACUGGAGGAAUUACAAGUCUUCAAGGUGCCAACCCCCAUCACAUCCAUGGACAUUUCAGUAAAGAGGCAGGCUCUGUUUGUGGGUUCUCGGGUCGGUGUGGCGCAGGUCCGGCUGCAUCGCUGUGAGGCGUACGGUAAAGCGUGUGCCGAGUGCUGUCUGGCCCGCGACCCUUACUGCGCCUGGGACGGCAGCUCCUGUACCCGCUACCUCCCCAACACCAAACGCCGCUUCCGUAGACAGGACAUCAAACACGCCAACCCCGUACUGCAGUGCAUGGACCAGAACCUCAGCGUGGAGGAUGUGGAUAUGGCUGAGGACAGGGUUGUGUACGGUACCGAAAACAACAGCACAUUCUUAGAGUGCAUUCCGCGCUCCCCGCAAGCCACCGUCACCUGGUUCCACCAACGAGACGACCACAUGGAAGAGGUAAUAUUGGAUGAACGAGUGAUGAAGACAGAGGAGGGACUGCUGUUUAGACGUGUUCUGCGUCAGGAUGAAGGCAUAUACGUCUGUCGUUCCCGAGAACAUGGCUUCACUCAAACUCUGACUCGCGUCUGGUUGGACGUCCUUCGCGGCGACGCCCUCUCCGACCUCAUAUCUCGCGACGCCAAGCCCAAGGCGUGGCCCCUGUGCGCGUCCCACCUGAACCCCGCCCACCGCAAUCCGACGCGCUCCUGGUUCAAAGACGUGCUGCAGCUGAUCGGUCCGUCCAACCUGCCGCAGGUGGAGCAGUAUUGCGAGAGGGUGUGGUGCAACGAGAAGCUCCGUCGCAAACACAAGAGCAUGCUGGAGAAAUACCGACAGGCGCAAGACUCGGCGCGGAAGGCCAGGAACAACAAGAGCGCCGGGGAACGCAACCGCACCCCGCGCGACACCCACUCACAGGAGUGAUGUUCAGAGACACUGACUGGAGAAAGAGAGGGAUGGAUAGUACGGAACGGGUGAAAAGAGGGAGACGGGGGGGUGGUUUGAAUAGAAGAAAAGACUUGACCACUCCCCCUUUUUUUUCUCUCUCGACCAAACCUGAACGUACCCUCGCGCUCUCGUCAUCUCUUUCUGUAACAUAAUGUAAAUAGUGUGUGUUCAUGUUCUAACUGGCCUCUUGCUCUUUUGGGAAUUCAUGUAUUCCUCUCUGCAUGUCAAAUAUCUCGUUUAAACAUUGACUUCAAACAGCUGGUACGCCCGCACAGUACCAAAAAUGUGUGGUAAGUACAAACACAAACUCAGAUUGUGGUAACACACCCACACACACACACACACAUACACACACACACACACACACACACACACACAGUGUAUUCACAUAGAUACACACUGUUUUUAAACCUCUGGAGAAAGACUCCGGGCUGGAAUUCAGUGGCGUGACGACAGUUGGGGCUUCAACACGAUAAAAAA